UCCGCCGCCUCCACCGCCCUCUCGCCGCCCCUAGGUUUCUCCUGUAGGUUGCUGUGAGAGAAGAGAGUGUACCUGGACAGCUCAGCCACUACACGAAUCACAGAAGGGCUCCAUCUUUUUCCAACAUGGCAGGUAAGAAGGUGCUCAUCAUCUAUGCACACCAAGAACCCAAAUCCUUCAAUGGAUCCCUGAAGAAAGUAGCCAUGGAAGAACUGAGCAAGCAGGGCUGCACGGUCACUGUGUCUGAUUUGUAUGCCAUGAACUUUGAACCAAGGACCACAAGGAAAGAUAUCACUGGAGCCCUCUCUAAUCCUGAGCUCUUCAAUUAUGGGGCAGAAGCUUACGAAGCCUUCAAGAAGAGGUCUCUGAGCAGCGACAUCAUAGAGGAGCAGAAAAAGGUGCAAGAAGCUGAUCUAGUGAUAUUUCAGUUCCCUCUUUACUGGUUCAGUGUGCCAGCGAUCUUGAAGGGUUGGAUGGACAGGGUGCUGUGCCAGGGGUUUGCCUUCGACAUCCCAGGAUUCUAUGAGUCCGGUUUCCUCAAGGAUAAACUAGCCCUCCUUUCCUUAACCACCGGAAGUACAGCUGAGAUGUACACGAAAGCUGGGGCCAGUGGAGAUUUUCGGUACUUCCUGUGGCCACUCCAGCAUGGCACCCUCCAUUUCUGUGGAUUUAAAGUACUUGCUCCUCAGAUCAGUUUUGCUCCUGAGUUUUCAUCCGAAGAAGAAAGAAAAUCAAUGGUGGCAUCCUGGGCCCAGCGGCUGAAGGGCAUCUGGAAGGAAGAGCCCAUCCAUUGUACUCCCCCUUGGUACUUUGGGGACUAACACUUGGCACCUGUGCAAGUCGUGUGAGUGGCACACCAAGAGACUGAGCCGUUUCAGCACAACAUGUUAUUGUAUCCAGAAGAGCAAACUGAAUAGUUAAUGAUGCCCAUGAAUAAGUGUCUUAAGAGUUUUAUACGGCCAGAUCAG